CAUACACUGCUGAGGCAUGACGACAGGCCAUGUCAGUGGUCAUAUGUGCUACUUUCUUUCCUAGACACAGCUGCACUGGAAAGACGUGGAUGAAGUGAACAACUUUUGAAGCAUUUUUGCUCCAAAGACUUGCCAGAGCUACCUAAAGGUGAACUACAGAGAUGGCUAGUGAGAAGGGACGUGUGGAAAUUCCCAUGGUUAUGUAUGAACAGCAUCAAGAACCCUACAGGCAAGAACCCUCUGCACCAGAGUACUGCAGCCAAGAGGGGGGUUAUGAAUAUCCUCCUCCUCCACCUUACUCCUAUCAUGAAACAACCACCGUUGAGCAACCAGUUUACCUGGUGUCUCAGCCUCCGAUCAUAGUAGCAGGAAUCUUCUCAAGCAGACCAACAUCCACAAUAUGUCCUUCCUGCCGCCAGCACAUCACCACACAGGUCACCUACAGGCUGGGCAGACUGUCUUACCUUCUGUGCACCAGUUUGUGUAUGGUUGGGUGCUGUUUUGGAUGCUGCUUUGUACCUUUCUUCGUGAAGAUCUUCAAGGAUGCAGACCAUUACUGCCCAUGCUGCCAUUUUCAUAUUUAUAGAUACAAAAGACUAUAGGGACAGAGUUUACGCAACCAGAUGAUGCCAAGUUUCUGCUCCCUAAUGGUGUAAGAUUCCACACGUAAAACUACUGCCAGAAAACCUAGAAGUAGGCUUUGGUUCUGCAGCUCCCUGGCUAAGUCAUCUGGAGUUUACCAUCCCAUGGUUGGACUGACUUAAAAAUGGAAAGCCUUAAAGACUAAUUUACAUUUUCACUUAUUUCAUGCUCUGUUUGAAUAGUUCUCUUGAGUUAUAAAGUGACCAGCUAGUGAGUACUUCAGUGCUGCUACUACUACUCUCAGAUCUCCAACCCAGCUGGGACACAGAUUUUUCAACCCACCAGGCUUGAAAAGCACAUUUUAGAGAAGCACUUACCUUAUAUGCACUGAAACUGACUGGUCAGGAUUUUCUCUCUCUUCUUUGUAUGCGACCUACCCCUGCAGGGCUGUGAGUGGUACAGGGGUAGCUGAUUAUUCUUAUUAUUUAUUGAUGAAACGCCGUUAUGAGAUUGUCAUUGCUGUGUUACAUAUGAGAUACAACAAAUAUUCCCAUCGCUGAAGGCACCCUGUUCAUGCUCCGGAAGAUCCGUAGAAACCACGUAGCUAGAAGAACUAUAAAGCGUCCCAUUUAGCCUGAUGUUAUUUGAUGAAAAUCUGUGUUUUAGUUCUUCAGGCAAUUAAGCCACAGAAAGAAGGUUGUGUUGAGGGACUGGAGCAGAGGCAGCAUCCCAGCACUCACCCACUCCACUUCCCAGAACCAGACCCAAGUGCUGACGUGCCGACGUCUCCUGAACGUCAGGGUGGCUGCAAGAGCCUCAUACCACUGGGGAACGGAGUCGGGCAAGCUGGGGAAACCACCAGCCCGCGUAGUGGUGUGGAGGAGGCCAGGCCAGAGGCAAGGCAAAAACUUCCCCAGCUGCGACCCAGCUCGCUGGGAGCCCGGGAGCACGAAGCGUGUUGGUACAGAGCUGCUCCAACUGACCUGCGACGUGAGAAGACCUCCAGGUUUUCCUUGGUCCGCACCAAGGUGUUCAUGAGCCAAGCCUGCUUCUUGUGAUUCUUUCAGCAGAACAUUCGAUCUACCUGUGCUCUUUCCCACAGCUUUUAUACAAAAUCAUCACAAAUUCCAACUUUCAGUAGUAAAACAGCCAGAACUUCCUAGUCAGCGUUCGCCUCUGGGCUACCGACCUGAGGGAACCCCCGGACAACACCGGUUCCCCUUUCCUCCCCCCCCCCCACCUUAGCCGCGCUCCUCAGGCACCUCACGGCCCCUCCGGCCCGGCCCGUCCCUGCCUCCCCGCUGGGGCGCCGGCCCCAGACCCUGCCCCAGCCCCAGCCCCAUCCCCGGCCCUUCCCGGCCGGCUCUCGGCCGCCCCCUGGCGGGCCCAGGCCCGCGGCGGGGCCGAGCUCCCCCCCGGGCGCCCGGGGCAGGCCCCGAGCCGAGCCCAUGCACAGCCACAGGGAGGAAGGAGGGACGGGGCUGGGCCCAGCUGGAGCAAGGGGGUCAGAGGAGGUACCGGGCAGCCUUCGGCUUCCAUCAAACCCCAGCUCCUGGGCCCCGUUCAAAACCUGCUCUGCCCGAGCAGAACGCCAUUCUACCUCAUCGCACUCAGCCUUCUUCAGCUGUUUUACACAGGAGAGGCAGAACAACCCCACAGGCUCUUAGCAGGACUGCCUGAGGGUGCCAGGACUUCCAGGAGUCUGUGUCCCACCAGCACCCCCCUGGGGAGCUUCAGUCCCCCAAAUACAGAGCUACUGCCACUGCCGAAACUGCUGCACUGACCACACACAUGCAUGGGAUCUCUUCUGGACUGAGACUCAGAUUUGUUAAUCAGCGAUGCCGUGAUUGCUAUCACACAAGGACAGUAACAGUGUGAUCAUGCUUCUGCCUACUUUUAAGGAGAGCUAAGUAGAGAUACUGCUUUCUUUGAGGUUGUGCUCGUUGUAGGAGAGCCACAGGUUUACAAGCAGACUAGAAAUGAAGAACAUGGAAAACCAGGUGCAACCAAUGCCCUAUACACAGCAAGCACAUCAUUCAAAACUUUUUAGUUUCCUUCACUUGUGUAGCUUCUUCCAUUUGCUUUAUCAUCACAGCUUCUAAACAAGUCUUUCCACAUCCCUCUACAUAUCUGCAACUAUAUCGAUCUGCAACCAUGUAGAAGCAACCAUAGUCUUUUCAAGCAACUAUUUUACUGCAGUUCUUAGUGUACUUACAGGUUACUGCAUAGCCAGGUUGGACACACUGUUGUAUUUGAAUGCAACAUCCUCUCACUCCUCGAACAAUAACAUUAACUGUGAAGCAUUAAGGCUGUGGGGACAGACGGGGUAGGUCUGAACAGGGGCACCCUGUCCUCGCUUCAGGCACAGAGACCAUAGCUGAGGUGUGUUGUCAGCACUCGCUUACAGGAGCAUCUUGACCUGGAUGAGAAAACCAUGGGCUUCCUCAGACCUUCUGUGCUUCUGGAGAAAGGAACCGUGAGGCCUGCCCACCCUCAGAUUACACACCUCACCUCCUUUCUGCUGCCCAUGCAGACCACACAUGUCGAGAUCACUGGCAGAGGGGAAGCAGCACAUGAACACUGCUUUCAUGAAGCUGAAAACAAGUAACUUGUGUGACAGAAGGAAAACCUUGAAGCCUGAAUGCUUAACAGAACAACUCCGGCCUGCUUUGGAAAUAGCAACCCUGUUUCUUGUAGAAACACGGGUUCAUGUUUUUAAUGAAUUUUAUAACUGCAGCUGCUUUUGGGAAGGUUGAAUAAAAAACUACCAAGGAAUUGAGGCUUUAAUUAAUAAUUUGCUCUCAAAAACUAUAGAGUUGUUACCAAAAAAAAGAAAAAAAAAGAAAACAAACCCAUACAUGGAGCCUGUAUUUACUGACAGUCUUAACAUCCAAAAACUGCUCACUUGCAAAAGCCCAGAGAGGAUUUAAAUGUGACUACUGAGAAGAUAUUACUGCUACUAAUAGAAGGAAGUUCAAAAAGUAAGUUCAAAAAGUGAGUGUUGUGAUUUCUUGUUUUCUGUAACUAAACCUCCCCACACCCUAAAAUUUAGGGACUGUUUGCUUCCACUGGUUAUGUACUCCAGAUACACACUUACAGGGAGGUCCUCUGAAAAAAAAAGUGCAUUUUUUUUUCAUAGACAGUCAUUCAGUUUUGUCUGUGAAUCUGAUGAGAAAACUAAAACUGACUUUUUUUAAUAUGUAAAUAAAUACCAGCCAGAGUUGGCCUACAUGUGUGCAUUGGCAAUGCAGCUUAUUCAAUACCACACGCAUGACAGAUAAUCAUAAGCUCUAGGUAGCAUCGGCUCCUGAUUUUUCCUGAAUUUGUGCCUGUUACAGCCUAACACUGCCCCAGUGGCACCCAGUAAGCAUUUGCCAGCAGGACGCAGUUUGUACUGGCUGUACACGAGCCCCGAUACCCGCGCUGUGCUGCCAGCGCUCCAGCGGGUGGCAGUG